GGCCAGCGCCAGAAGGCGCCCCGUCAGCAGCAGAAACUCUCGAAGUCACCGUCCAUGGCGUCCUCAAUGAAGCAGCGAAGUCGGAGUACGCGCAAGUCACGCGUUGAUGACAAGAUUCGAAAGCGGAUGAGCAUGCGGUAUGCGGAUAUAUCGGCCCCGACUUUGACCGGGGAGGGAGGAGCGCCUGCUGUUCCCGCGUUGCCGAUUGGUGCGUAUGGUGCUGGAGGUGUUGGUGGGAGAGGGGCAGGAGUCGGAGGCGCUUAUGGAUACGGAUAUGACGACGAGGGUGUGCGCAACGAGAAAGAGGCGCGGCGGGAUGUACGCGAGCAGGACUUGCGUGCACUGGAGAAGGAAGGCUUUGAUCCAGAUGCAUUCCUAAAGCAGAAGAUGGCCAACUCGACCGAAGCUGAGUUGAAAGCACUGCAGUCGUCACUGGACUCUUACAAGAGCGAUACGAACGUUGACCUUCAGCGAAAUGUCUUCAAGAAUUAUGUAGAGUUCAUGACUAUUUCAAAAGAAAUCAGCACUCUUGAAAACGACAUGCUUGAACUAAAGGCGAGCCUUUCAGAAUGGAAAAGUAUGCCUGGCCUUCUGCAUAUAGACGAUUCACUUGCUGCCGUAGAUAGACGAAGGACGCAACGAUCGUCCGUCACGGACUUGCGCGUUCUUUAUGCGUCCCAGAUGCAAACGCUUCACUCUCAGAUUGAAGGCUCGUCAAAAUUUGUGCCAGCGACCCCGGGUCGGCACAUCGUUACUCAAAUGGAGGGGAUCUGCAGCCUUAACCCCGCGACGUACAAGGUUGAGCACCUUGUGAAGUUCGUGUUGCUGGACGAUGCGGUACUAGUCGCUCGAAAACGAGCACGGCGCACGGCGGACCGGCCAAACCUUGUCGCUGAGCGCUGUUGGCCAUUAAAUGAUAUUCUAGUCCUAGACACAAAAGAUACCGCGACGAUGACGAACGUCUUCAAAAUCAGAAACAAUAAGGAAACGUUUGUCUAUAGAUGCGAUCUUAGCGGAGACAAGAAGAUCCUGCUUGCUCAGUUCCGACAGGUAGCGGAGGAACUUUCUGCGAGAAAGCGCAAGGAGCGCGAAGGUGAACACGAGCGAAGAAAAAGCUUGUGGGUCGGAGGUGGUGAUCGAAGGUCCUUCGCGUUUGAUAUGGACACUGCGACUGCAGAAUGGAUGAACAAUUUAGCACUACACAGUGGAUUAGGCGCCCAAGAGAAGUCCGACGAAGACGCUCUUUGGGUCGGUGAGCUUACAGACAAACUAACUGUAGCGAUUGCACUCCGAGAGUGGGACAAAUCUGUGUCCCUCGUAGAAGAAGGUGAGGCGAAGAAAGGCACAACGCCCCAGCUCGAACCCAAAAUGAAGAUCUUGCGUGCAUCACUAACAACAUCACUGUUGGCCGCGCUCUCUGACCCAAGCAAUCGUAAAUCAACUGUCGUCAAUCUGACUUCGCUAUUGAACCGCCUACAUGCUUCCGCUGCCGCAAGGAAUGCUUUCCUUGCAUCUCGCGCUGCGCUAACACGUCAGCGGAUUCGGAUGAUCCGAUUUGAAGGACACGUGCAGAUGUACAUAAAUGAUCUUGCUACCGUUGUGUUCACCGGCAUAAAGCACACCGCCGAUUGGUUUUUAGCUAGUUUCAAGGAAAAUGAUGCUACUUCAUGCUUUGUCGAAUGGGCGAAAACUCAAAUCGGCCUGUACGCCGACAUGUUCCGCAAACAGGUAUUCAGUUCGGACGUAGAUGACGAGACCGUACGCAAGUGCAUUUCCACGACGCAUACACAGAACAAGAAGUUGCUUCACGAAUUCGGCUUGGAUUUCCAUUUUUUGUUGGAUGAGCUGCUGGUACCGAAUCCCUCAAAGGAGGCCUCUCCAUUGGACAUCAACCCGUCAAUCUCUGUGCAAGAACCGAGUGAAUCUCGUCCGUCGCGGGUUGCGCGAGUUCCUGCUUCACCAGCUCCACCACCGCGAUCUCGAGAUCGCCCACUGAGUGUAUUGUAUGAUAAUAAGUUCUGAUUUCGCUUCCCAUGACUCUGUACGCUAUCGGGGAAGCUUUGUACUUUCUGCCUUUGCAUACUAGCAUGUAGGUAUAGACGGAAAUUAAAGUAUCUACUUUU